AUGUCAAUUCGCCCUCCUGUCAAAUCAUGGUCUUCGACUUUAAGACUACCUAAAUCUUCUUUUCCUCCUCGGCCAAUCCCCGCAGAGCAACCAAAAUACCUUCAACGAUGCUCCGACGAUCUCUACAAAUGGCAAAGCCAUGAAAGAUCUGCCAAGAAGCCAUUCAUUCUUCAUGAUGGUCCUCCAUACGCCAAUGGUCCUCUUCAUGUUGGCCAUGCUGUGAAUAAACUUCUAAAAGAUAUCAUUUGUCGAACCAAGCUCCAACAAGGCCAUCGAGUUGUGUGGGUUCCAGGAUGGGAUUGUCAUGGCCUUCCCAUUGAAAUCAAGGCUCUUGAGCAACAGCGCGAGAAGAAAGAUGGUGAGGGGAUUUUAGAUGCCAUUGGAAUACGACGAGCGGCUCGGAACCUUGCAAGCAAAACCGUAAAGGAACAUAUGAAAGGCUUCCGAGAAUGGGGUAUUAUGGCAGAUUGGGAGAAGGCUUGGAAGACAAUGGACAAGACAUUUGAAACUAAGCAACUAGCAGUUUUCCAAGAAAUGGUCAAGAAAGGUCUUAUUUUUCGACGUUACAAACCGGUCUAUUGGUCACCAUCAUCGAGAACAGCUCUUGCGGAAGCAGAGCUUGAGUACAAUAACGAACAUAUUUCUACAUCAGCCUAUAUCAAAUUCCCUAUCACAGAUAUCCCUGGCGAAGUAAGAGACUUUGUCCCCAAUCUGAGUAAACUUUCGGCAUUGAUUUGGACUACUACCCCUUGGACACUUCCCGCGAAUAGAGCCAUUGCGUUUCAUCAAGACCUGACUUAUUCGAUUGUCAAAUGUGAUGAUGAUCACCUUAUCAUUGCGAGCUCAAGGCUCUCUGCACUACAGGAUUCAUGCUUCAAAGACAAAGUCAUCGAGGUUGUUCGGCAAGAUAUCCCUGGUUCUGUCCUCAGAAACCUGACUUAUACCAAUCAGCUUCGUGGCCAAAACUCUGAUGACCAACCUUUGAUUCAUGCAGAUUUUGUUUCUUCUGAAUCCGGUACUGGACUGGUUCAUUGCGCUCCUGGUCAUGGUAUGGAUGAUUAUGAGGUCUGCACUCGUCUUGGUAUAGAGGCUAUUGCCCCCGUUGAUGAUCUAGGAUGCUUUACAGAUGCUGCUCUUCCUGACGAUCCAAGUGCUCUGUCAGGUAAGUCCGUGCUAAAUGAUGGGAACAUGGAAGUUUUGAAGAUUCUUGGAGAUCAAGUUCUGUUCAUCUCAAAGUAUAAGCACAAAUAUCCAUAUGAUUGGCGAACAAAACUUCCCGUCAUUGUCAGAGCCACAGAACAAUGGUUUGCAGAUGUUGGAGACGUCAAAAGUGUUGCUUUGGAAAGGCUGAAUGAUGUGACAUUCAUCCCGCAAACCGGAAAGCAAAGACUGGAAAGCUUCAUCAAGUCAAGGAGCGAGUGGUGUAUCUCAAGACAACGAGCUUGGGGUGUUCCCAUACCCGCAUUAUACGACGAAAAUGGUACAGCUUUAUUAACUGACACAAGUGUUGCACAUAUUCUCUCUGUUAUCGAAGAACGAGGAAUCGAUGCAUGGUGGUCAGAUCCGGAGAACGAUCCGGCAUGGAUUCCAGCUGGGAUGAGCGGUACAUACCGACGAGGCAAAGACACCAUGGAUGUUUGGUUUGAUAGUGGUACGAGUUGGACACAGACCGAUCAACGUGCCGAUGUCUACUCGGAAGGCACUGACCAACAUAGAGGUUGGUUUCAAUCAAGUUUGUUGACUCACACCGCUAUCGCCGAUAGUUCAGAAGCACCUUUCAAGACAUUGAUUACACACGGAUUCACUCUCGAUCAAAGUGGGAAGAAAAUGUCUAAAUCAAUUGGAAACACAAUAGCUCCAAGUCAAAUCAUGGACGGCUCCCUUCUUCCGCCUGUGAAGAUGAAGAAGAAGGGUGGAAAUGUUUCUCAGGGAUUUGGCGCUGAUGCAUUACGCUUAUGGGUAGCUAGCAGCGACUAUACCAAGGAUAUAGUCAUUGGCCAACCAGUUCUUGCAUCUGUAAAUUCUGCAUUAUCAAAGUAUCGCAUCACUUUCAAGAUGUUACUGGGAUCAAUGCAUGAAAGUGCGAGGACUUCACCAGUGACUAAGUUAGAUAAGAUUGCAUUGGUUCAAUUGAGAGCAGUCAUGUCUGAAGUCGAAUCGGCUUAUAACUCGUACGAAUUCCACCGGGCUGUAAGUGCAAUUAAUCGCUGGAUCCACACAGAUCUCUCCGCAUUUUACCUCGAGGCUAGUAAAGAUAGGCUUUACUGUGGUGAUGGAGGGGGUGUCUUGGAAGAGAUAUUCCAUGGUCUUCUGAAAAUGUUAACUCCAAUCACGCCGUGUCUUGUCGAAGAGGUCUGGAACCAUUUACCUGCUUGGAUGGCCGCUGAAAGCCCAGUUCAUCCAUUUCAUCGAGAAUUUCUUGAUACUAUCAUUUCUCCCCGUCGACUUUCUGAGGAAGAGAUUCCAUCUAUUGAGCAAGACAUUCCUUGGUUAUUAGAAGCACAUACUGCCAUUAAACUUGCCCAGGAAGAAGCUCGCUCUCAAAAAAUCAUAGGGUCGUCUCUAGAAUCAUCUGUAUUAAUAGAUCUGCCUUCAAAAAACCUGAAGGUAUUCGAGCGCUAUGCAGAUGAGCUGGAGAGUAUAUUUGUUGUAUCAUCCGUGGAAAUUGGCGGUGAUGUCAACAGAGGAGACUGGAGGUUUUCUGCACCGUUGUCUCCACCUGGAUGGCAUGAACCGGGUGGGGAGGGAAAGGUGUGGGUUUUGCCUCCUAAGGACAAGAAAUGCCCAAGGUGCUGGAGAUAUGUGGCUCCAGUGAAAGAUGAGCUUUGUGGGAGAUGUGAAACUGUUACUGCUAUGUAA